AUGUUUAUAAAAAUUACUAAUAUUUAUUUUCUUUUAUUUAUUUUAAUUAAUUUUUUUAUUAAUAAAAUUUCAUUAUCAAAUGGAGAUAUUUCUCCAUAUUUUAAUUAUUGUAUAUUUAAAUGCAAAGAUUUAUUUAACUGUCCAGAAUUUAAAUAUUUUCAAUUUACUUGGUGGGCUAAUGAAAAAUGUUUUAAAUGCAGACAAAAAUGUAUUUGGAAUACUGUUGAACAUUUUAGAAUUUCAAAAAAACAAAUUCCAAAAUUUAAUGGGAAAUGGCCUUUUACUCCAAUUAAAAUUAAAAUUGGAAAUAUUUAUUUAGCCAAUAUACAAGAACCUGCUUCCACAUUCUUUUCACUUUUAAAUGCUUUUUCCUUUUGGAAAAUGAAACAAAAAAUUAAAAGGAAAAUAAAAAAUAAUUGGAAACAUUUAAAUAAAUGGUUGGGAUUUGGAAAUAUUGGAAUAAUUACUUGGAUAGCUUCAAUUACUUUCCAUAUUUGUGACCAUUGGAUAACUGAAAUUUUUGAUUAUUGUGCAGCAUUUACUUUAAUUUUAUAUACUUUUUAUAUUUCUGUUUGUUUUUGUUUUUCUGAAUAUUUUAAAGAAAAACAAAAUAUUUUAUCAAUUGGAUUUAUUUCUUUUUAUUUUGGGUAUUUAACAAAUAUUUAUUCAAAACCUUUAUUUAAUUAUUCAUUUCAUAUGAAAUGUUGUAUUUUAAUUGGAUUAUUGACUGGAUUUAUAUUUUUAUUUUGGAUAUUUUUUGAAUAUCUAAAAGGAAAGAAAAGAAUAUCUUUAUUAAUUUUAAUUUUAACGUUGUUUAUUAGUUUUUUGUCAGCCUCUUUCGAUGCUUUUUUUGAUUUUCCUCCAAUUUUUUGGAUUUUUGAUGCUCAUUCAUUCUUUCAUUUAUUUUCUAUUCCCAUACCUCUAUUGUGGGCUGAAUUUUUAUGUUUGGAAGCAAAAUUGGAUAAACAAAAAAUUGAAAAAUAA